AUGAAACCUAACUGGGGGUUGCCCUUGGCAAUAGCAGCAAAUCUACACAUUUCAUAUCGAAUUAUAAUCGAAAAUGACAAUGUUGGAAAAGCUGAUAUCAAAGAUAUACGAGGAAAAGUUUUCAUUGUCUGUUCGCCUUUGAAUUCUCCGAUAACAAAUCGUGUCAUCAAUCAAUACAAACAUUUCAAGAAAGCGAAAAUACUUUUGAUUGAUAUCAUUGGGAGCGUCUUCCAUCUAGAGAAUCGAUUAUUCAAAGAUUUCAGCACUACAAAGUACAAUAACCUCCUCGUGUUGACAAUUCUGACGCAGAAAUUCAAGCAGAUUUUGAGCAGGAAAUAUCACGUUGAGUUCAGUCAGUAUUUGAAGAGCUCUCAACAAGGUAAUGAGUCUGAAAGCGACUUCUUUUGUGAUUUGGAGAAGCGAAGUAUCAGUCAUUACACGAUGAAUGCAAACAAUCUUACAUCAUGCGAGAACGAAAUCAAAGAGCGAUGUCAUAAUUACACUAAUGAAGACAUUAAAAGCUUCUGCACGAAUCAUACAACAGCUUUAAGUCAGAAGAUAAAUGGAAGCGACGUACAGCAGUUGAAUGACUACAAUUUCAAUAAGCAAUUAGUUGUCCCUGAGCACUUCAACCUUUUCGAUUACAUCACGUCUAUGAGCUUAGAUGAGAAGAAUUUAAGCAAUCAUGAACGUCAUCAUCAAUUCGAUUUCAUUGUGUUGGACUUCAGAUCCAUUGUGAAUGCGACAAACGGCAGCAUCACGAUUUGGCGACCACUUAUGAUACUUGAACAAGAUGAAAUCUUUAAAAAUAUUUUUACAACACAUCGAGCUUUUUCAGAACGAGAUGCUUUCGAAGAUUGGAUAUUUAAAGCAAAUCUUUGGAAUUGUGGAACAAUUUGUUUGGGAAUUAUCGCUGCAAGCAUUUUCGUAGCUUUCAUUCUUAUCCUUAUCAUCAGUGUGUCAGCUGGAAUUGCUGCGAGAAACUAUUUCUUAAAGAAACGACUUUCGAAAGGCCCAAAUAAAGUUGUUCUCGCAGCGUCAGACUUUGUUUUUCCUAUCGACUCACGACGUGUUGAUGAGGGUAUGGAAGCCAUGUUAUGUUGUUGGCUUCAACAGUUACAAGAGUUUGGAGGGCCUGAAGUUGAUAAACCAGAUCUCUUAAAGGGAUCAAUAGGAUCGUUAAAAAAUUUAGGACUGCCUGGCAUAAGUGCAGGCAAUAAGAAUAGCUCGGGAACAGGAAGUUUAGUUAAGCAAAAUAAUGCAAAUUUGCUUGAAUUCAAAGCUCGUUAUCAGGGUGAUUUAGUACAGUUAAAGGAAAUUCAUAUUCCAUCAGGAAACUCAGUUGAGCUGAGAACAAAAGCCAUGGAUCAUCUCAUUAUAUCGCACGGGUUGCGUCAUGAAAAUAUUAAUCCACUCAUAGGAUUUCUCAGCGAUCCAAAUCGCUCUGCACUCGUCUUCGAGCAUUGUUCACGUGGAUCACUUCAAGAUGUUCUCAUCAUGGACGAAAUCAAACUCGAUUGGUCAUUUCGUUUGAGUUUACUUACAGAUUUAGUUCGCGGCAUGCGGUAUUUGCACACGAGUCCUCUGCGUGUUCAUGGUUCUUUGACGUCGAGAAAUUGUGUGGUUGAUGCUCGAUGGGUUUUAAAGAUUACAGAUUAUGGUAUGCCAGCAUUCUACGAUGCCCAAGGAUUAGCAGCGCCAGUGAAGUCAGCAAAAGAACUUUUAUGGUCAGCACCGGAAGCAUUACGAGGAACAAAGAACUAUCCAAAGCAUGGAACACAAGCAGCUGACGUGUUCUCAUUUGGCAUAAUCAUGCAAGAAGUUGUUGUACGAGGCGAACCGUAUUGUAUGCUCUCACUUUCGCCUGAAGAAAUCAUCGCGAAAAUUAAAAACCCGCCACCGCUUAUAAGGCCUUCGGUGUCAAAAGGCGCUGCACCACCAGAAGCAAUUAACAUAAUGCGCCAAUGUUGGUCGGAGAAUCCUGAAUUGAGACCUGAUUUUGCAACAAUUGGCGAGAAGUUUAAGCUUCUCAACCACGGAAGAAAAGUUAACUUUGUUGACACGAUGUUUCAAAUGUUGGAGAAAUAUUCAAAUAAUUUGGAAGAGCUCAUUAGAGAGAGAACCGAACAACUCGACAUGGAACGUAAAAAGACUGAACAAUUACUAAAUCGAAUGUUACCAAGUUCUGUUGCUGAGAAACUGAAGAUGGGUUUGGCUGUGGAUCCAGAAGAGUUUGCUGAAGUUACAAUUUAUUUUUCUGAUAUCGUCGGUUUUACAGCAAUCGCUGCACAUUGUACGCCAGUGCAAGUUGUAGAUCUUCUCAACGAUUUAUACACUUGCUUCGAUGCCACAAUUAUGAGCUACAAUAACGUUUAUAAAGUCGAAACAAUUGGCGAUGCUUAUAUGGUUGUCGGUGGGUUGCCAAAUCCCCGUCCUGAUCAUGCUGAACAAAUUGCGACAAUGGCUUUAGAUCUACUUCAUCAAAGCGGAAAUUUUAAAGUGCGACAUUUGCCGGGUGUACCACUUCAACUUCGAAUCGGUCUUCAUACAGGUCCUUGUUGCGCCGGAGUCGUGGGGUUGACAAUGCCUCGUUAUUGUUUAUUUGGCGACACGGUGAACACAGCAUCAAGGAUGGAAUCAACGGGUUCUUCGUGGCGCAUCCACAUGUCACAAACAACUUGUGAUCGUUUAGAGAAGACUGGCGGCUACAUCAUUGAACCGCGUGGUCCCAUCGAGAUUAAGGGAAAAGGAAAAAUGAAUACGUAUUGGCUUUUAGGGAAAAAAGGCUUCGAUAAAGUUCUACCAACGCCACCACCUAUUGGAUUGGAUGAACUACUGAAACGAAAUUGCGAGGCAAGUAAAAGUGAAGCAGUGAAAAUCGGAAAUGCAAGUAGUUUGCCUGGAUCGAAUCAAUCAAGUCACUCGCCUUCAUUUGGAGGUGAAUCGCUUGAUGUGAAAGUUGAGAUAACACCAGCACCGCCAACUCCAAUGAGCGAUAUACAAAAUUCUUUCUCGGUUGAAUCAACAAGUAGCUUAACCAUAUGCUCAGAUGUGUCUGUUAAAUCGCAAUCAACGUCACCUUUAACCAGAAAAUUCUCGGAAAUUCCACACGAAUCUGGUGGGUUUCUUAAUCCGAUUGGAAAUUUUAAUCGCCUAAAUCCUUCACCGCCAAACACUGCAUCUGCUCGGUUGUUUAAAAAGCUGGAAGAGAUGAUUGAUCUGAGCUCUCCUUACAAUCAUUACCGAUGCUUAAGUCCCAGUGAAACUAAUCUGUCUAUUCCUGUGAGUGAAAGAUCUUCUAGCGUGAGUCCUAACUCAAAACAAAUUGAUUCUGGGAAGCCCGGAUCGAGUCGCCUCUUGAGACGUCAAUUCAGUUUAGAUAAAGACGACAUGACAAUGCAAAAACACGCAAAUUUGGAAACAAUUUCAUCCUUCGUUGAUUCAGCUAAGCAUUUAAACUUGAAAUUGUAUCAGCCGCUAAUAUCAUCGUCUAGUCUCCCAGGAUCAUCACCAACAACGAGCAGUUUGUCAACUAAAAUACAAAAACAUCAGUCGGCAAGCGUUGCUCAAGAUCUUGAGAAAAUUGAAGAAAUUCCCAUAUCACCCAUUAACACAUCAUUCAACUCGAGCAAUUCCAACAGCAGCGUUAAAGAUUUAAAUAGCUUUAAAAAUUCCAACAACAGCAACAAUAAUUCAAAGACUUCACCAUCCAAUUGCGAUGAGACGAAAGAGAUCAGCAUAAACAUUGAAACACUCGGAUAG